UGUGAGGAGUGUGUUAUUCACCUUCCUUGUGAUGAUUAUUAGGAAUACUACCUGUACUUACUUUUUUAAGUAUCAUACUUAGGCCCAUUUUCAAUCUACCUUAAGCGCUAUCGCGUUUAGUCAGAUUUUAAAGUAACACAUUGGGAAUUAAUUAUCUAUAUAUACCUAUACAUACGUAUACUUGUGUUUGUAUUUGUACUACUGUACAUAGACUACAUAGCUCAAUAAGACCAUGGUUGCAAGACUUGCAAGAACUUCUUCUUAAAUACUAGUCCUUGCGGUGUAAACACAGAUGGUAGAAAAACAAGGAUCUACAAGGAGCCCAAUGAGAUGCUGCUGAAAUUCUGAAGAUAGAUGCAGCAGAUGUGCAACCAGCAUGUCCGGGAGUUGUGUCCAAGAAGAAGAGGAAGAGGAGGGAGAAACGUGCGAGGAGCCAGAGCCAGGGCGCAGCCAGCACUAUUCUCUCUAUGUCUUCCCGAGCCAGCAAGGUCAGCCCGGUCUAGCAACGGUAGCAACCGCAUCUGUAGCCAUGGAUUCUUCAGCGACAGCUGCGUCAACCAGCAGAGGACACGCGCGCUCCGUGAGCCACGGGGGUGUCGCAAGUAUGGGAGUCCCCCAAGCUCGGCCGGCUCCAGCUGGUCGAGCCUCGGCUCUCAAGAAGCCCGGCCACAAACGUGCCUUCAGCCAAGGCCAGCUACUGGACAUGCAGCCACAGCAGCCUGGCAUAGCUGGCCAGCAGCACAGCAGGGUCGGUUCCAAGACGGAUUUUAUUCUACCACCCAGCCACCGCGAGGACCCGCCGAGACUGUUAGCCGACAAGAUGCCGUCUUUUCGCGGACACUCCAGGCAAGCCUCCAGAUCCGAGUCCAUCUACACGAUACGACGUAGCGCGGCCCCCCCGUGGUGGCGGCGAGCCUGGGCUCGUUGGUGCGGCUCGACACCCGAGGAACCACUCGUCCGUACAAUUACGCCCAGUCACCUCUCGUUCCCACCUCACGCUGACGCUCCCGCGCGCAUUCGUUCCACCGGUGUUGGUGUCGUCGUUGGCGCCAGAGACAACAGCUUACGAUGCGUUUGUUACUUUUUCGGUACGCCCAGGAUACGUACGACUAAGUAUAGCGCGCUGAGCUUUCUGCCGCGCAACUUGCUUGAACAGUUCCGUAGGGUGGCCAAUCUUUACUUCAUCUUCAUAGUUCUACUGAAUUGGGUGCCAGCGAUAAAUGCCUUUGGCAAAGAGAUUGCAAUGAUUCCUGUUGUUUUCGUACUCGGAGUUACGGCUCUCAAGGACUUUUUUGAAGACCGGCGUAGAUUAGCCAGUGACAGACGCGUCAACAACUCCACGUGUCGUGUAUACACUAGCGAAGGAGAUAGGUAUGUCAAAACAGCUUGGAAGGACGUCAAAGUUGGAGAUUUUAUUCAUUUAUCAAAUAACGAGCCCUUGCCCGCUGAUCUUUUGCUUCUACGUAGCAGUGAUCCACACGGAUUUGCUUUUAUUGAUACUUGCAAUUUGGAUGGCGAAACGAACUUGAAACAACGUCAGGUUGUCAGAGGUUUCUCAAACCUGCAAGAAACGUUUCAGCCUUCAAAAUUUCGCUCAGUCAUAGAAGUUGAUAAGCCAAGCACCAAGAUUUAUAGGUUUCACGGAGCUGUUGUUCAUCCUGAUGGAACUCGUGUGCCAGUUUCCACAGAAAAUCUUUUAUUGAGGGAGUGUUAUUUAAAAAAUACAGAUUUCAUCGAAGGUAUCGUAAUUUACGUUGGCCACGAAACUAAAGCAAUGCUCAACAAUGGUGGUCCUAGGUAUAAGCGAUCACGAUUAGAACAGCAGAUGAACAUAGAUGUAGUAUGGUGCGUGGUUAUUUUAAUCAUUCUCUGCAUCGUUGGAGCAGUUGGCUGUAAAUUCUGGCUAUCGGCUUACGCAUCUGUGCCGGCGCCAUUUUUACCUAUAGUACAAGAUGCCUCUUACGAAGGCAUGCUUACUUUUUGGACGUUUGUUAUAAUUCUUCAAGUUAUGAUUCCACUUAGUCUUUACGUGACUAUUGAAAUGGCAAAACUAGGUCAGGUUUAUCAUAUUAUGUGCGACAGAGAACUUUACGACGAGGAAACUGAUCGCACGGCUGAAUGUCGUGCCCUUAAUAUCACUGAGGAAUUGGGUCAAGUACAGUACAUAUUUUCUGAUAAAACGGGAACAUUAACGGAAAACAAAAUGUUAUUUCGGAGAUGUGCCGUGGGUGGACAAGAUUACAUACAUACUGGCGAUGGUGAAAAUCUUGUUCCUUGUACAAGAUUAAAAGAGGAUUUACUCAUAGGUACUUACAGGCAUAAACUUCAGGAGUUUCUUAUUCUAUUGGCGAUUUGUAAUACCGUCGUCGUAAAUUAUCAUCCUCAUCACGACAACAUGAAUUCAAGUGGUGUCAUCGAAGAUCCUCAACCGAGUAAUGCCAACCCUAAAGGAUACAUAAGGUUCACGGAAUCAAAAAGUGCAACUCCAGCAACUCGUGAAACGAUAUCUAAUACCAUACCACUUGUUUCAACUUCACAAGCUGCUGAUUCUCAAGAUAAUUUCCCGACAGUUUCUACAGUAGAAAACUUGAAAUCUGAUGACACGCCAAUUUUACGUAACAAAACUUCUAGGCCGAGACUAUUGAAUUUGUCGUCAAUACCUAGCUUGGGAAUGCUGACGAGAAAAUUGUCUCCUUUGGGACUCAAAAAUAAUUUUGGUUUUCCGUCUGAAAAGAAUGGAAAAUCUCCAUCAAUGGUUCCCAGCACACCAGCGAUAUAUGAAGCUGAGAGCCCUGACGAGUUGGCGCUCGUCAAUACGGCUAGAGCUUACAACGUUAGACUGAUGCGCAGAACUGCUCAAGACGUAACCAUUUCACUGCCUGAUAAGUCCAGUCUCACAUUUGAGGUGCUAAAGGUGCUACCGUUCGAUUCAAAUCGCAAGUGCAUGUCCAUCGUGGUAAGGCAACCCCACACAGGUGAGAUAGUUUUGUACAGCAAGGGCGCCGAUUCGACCAUUCUGGGAUCCUUGAGCCCCACCGAGGAGGAUUCACCGAUGACAGCCCGCGUAAAGCAGCAGGUUGCCGCGUACGCCAAACAAGGGUUGCGGACGCUGAUGAUGGCCCGACGCAGCCUUGCUGCCCAGGACUUUAAGCGGUGGAUGGAGCUACACGCGGAACUCGAGGCCACCGGGGCCCCAGGCGAAUCUGGUAAUGCGCGUGAGCGCCAGAUGCGCGAGUCUUACGCAAACCUCGAGUGCCAGUUGAGCUUACUGGGUGCUACUGGAAUCGAGGAUAAGUUGCAAUCGGGGGUCCCCGAAAGCGUGGCCAGUCUCGUUUCAGCGGGCAUAGUCGUCUGGCUGGUUACAGGUGACAAACUCGAGACGGCAGUCAACGUUGCUUACUCGGCGCACCUCUUCAGUUCACGAACGCAGCAGUUGCGGUUGCAGGCGCGUUCCAAGUCUACCGCCGAGAGCCUCAUCCGUGGUUACCUUGAGACAGUGGAGCGUGAAAAUCGCUCGUGGCAGCAGCUGCCACCACAUCAAAAAUCCGUGCAACAACAGUCUCAGCAGUGGGCUAUCGUCGUCGACGGCAAGACCUUGACGAUCGUGCUAGAUCCGCGCUCAGGUCUAACCGGGCCUUUUUUGGAGCUAACCAGAGCCUGUUCCAGCGUUUUAGCUUGUCGAGCUACGCCUCUUCAAAAGGCUUACAUCGUCAAAGUGGUCAAGGAGCAGCUUGGCGUGCGGACCCUCGCCAUCGGGGAUGGUGCCAACGAUGUCAGUAUGAUUCAGACGGCUGACGUGGGUAUCGGAUUGUCUGGACAGGAAGGCUUACAGGCUGUCAUGGCCGCCGACUUUGCCAUAGCUAAAUUCUAUAUGCUGACACGGUUGCUCUUAGUGCACGGACACUGGUCGUAUGAUCGUUUGUCUAGGAUGGUUAAAUACUUUUUCUACAAAAACGCAAUUUGUGUGUUCCUGAUCUUUUGGUAUCAGCUUUAUUGUGGCUUUUCCGGAACCGUCAUGAUUGAUCAAAUAUAUUUAUUCACGUACAACUUGGUAUUUACGUCACUGCCACCGCUCAUUUUGGGCGUGUAUGACCAAAUAGCUCCCGCUAAUCUACUUAUCGAGUCACCUAGAUUGUACGAGAGGAGCCGGCUAGCCUCCGUUUAUCAGCCGCACUCGUUUUGGAUCACGAUGGCUGAUGCUCUGUACCAGAGUAUCGUCAUAUUUUUCCUCACAGAAGCUGUCUAUUACGAUUCCGACGUCGAUAUCUGGGAAUUCGGAACAACUAUAACAACAUGUUGUAUUGUUGUGACAUUAAUGCACAUUUGCCUCGAAAUCAAGUCAUGGACCCUCAUACACAUAGCUGCAAUUUUAGCGUCAUUAGGCGGAUUUUUUAGUUUUAGUUUUCUUUACAAUGCUAUUUGCAUCAAUUGUUUGGGACUAUCUGGUUCAUAUUGGGUCAUGCAAAAGGCUAUUGGUCGGCAUAUAUACUGGUUAACCGUGAUUCUUGCUUCAGUUCUUGCUGUACUGCCAAGGAUUUUUUAUAAAGCCAUCAAAAAUACCGUUUCACCAGAUAUAAUACACAGAGCCAAUGCGGCUUGUAAAUUCUCUCAAAGGGUAACUGGAACUAGACCUGGCUGGUCACAGUCACAACACGCAACGAUAAGAACAGGUCAUUGUAAUACCAAAACCAAUGUUUUGUCCACCAUUGUUACGUGACAUUUAACAGUUUUAAGGAUUUACAAUGCUAUGACUAGAAAAUAGUUAGGAAAAGUAAUUGUAAUCUUAAGAAGAGAAUCAUCGUCAAGAAUAACACUAACCAAGUGGCCUUAAUCACAGACUACUGUGGAUUGCAUUUAUCGGCUGUGAUUUUUAGGGACCAAGUUUUUUACGCGUGUGCUUACGUAUCUGCCAAACAAUGAAUUUUAUCGAAAAUAUAAGUAAUUCUGUUAUAAAACUAAUGUUAAAAAAUAAUGUAAAUAAUUAUUUGCUUUGAAACCUUGACAGAGUGUUUGUUCAAAUAUUUAAAACAUUCAAACGCUGUUGAUUCUUGAAGGGCAUAUUUUUGGAAUGUUUAAU